UGAAAUGUUUGAUGCAUGGAUCAAACCAUUUUUUGAUUUUUAGUUCUUAACAGAUAAAACUCAAAGAUUGAUGAUCUAAAGCUACCAUUAUAUAAUUCUAACUCAGUCACAACUACAGCAACCAAACAUGGUUAGGUUAUCACUAGCUAGAUUGAAAUAUCUUAAUAAUCUAAAUACCUUCAUAAUAAUAGCAUGGAUCAUAACAUUCAUUCUCCAUGAACGGAUUUUAACGUAUUAUACGGUUCAAAAAUGUUCAUGGCCUGAUUUACAUCUUUCAAAACCAGAUGAAAAUAAUGUAUUAUUACAAACGGUAAAUGCCGAUUCAAUCCAUCCUAAGGCUACGAAAGUGUUAUUAGUAGCUGAUCCCCAAUUAAUUGAUAAUCAUACUUAUCCCGGUAGAAAUCCAUUAUUAUUAAAAUUAUCUCAACAUACUGUUGAUAUAUAUUUAAAGAAAAAUUAUAAUUAUCUUAUUGAUCAAUUACAACCUGACUAUAUCUUCUUCUUGGGUGAUUACUUGGAUAAUGGGAGAUCUUCUACUGAUGAAUACUUUCAACAGGAAUUAACCCGAUUCAAUAAGAUCUUUCAUAAUAAGAAAUUUCAAAAGAAGUACAAGAAGGGGAUUAAUUAUUUCUUAAAUGUACCGGGGAAUCAUGAUAUAGGAUUUGGUGAAGGGGUUAAAGUAGAUUCAAGAUUACGAUUUGAAUCUCAAUUUUCAGAAGCUGAUUCAAAUAUGAUUCAUACUAUUGAAAAUGUUGAUUUUAUAACAUUUGAUGCCUUAUCAUAUUCUUCAGGUACUCAAGAUAUAAAUAGUGUUUCUUAUAAAUUCAUGGAAGAUAAUUUCGGUCCAACGAUUGUUAAAACUAAUCCUAGAGUCUUAUUAACUCAUGUACCAUUAUAUCGUGAUCCAUCAGUUAGUUGUGGUCCUUUAAGAGAAAAUCCUGAUUUUAAUGUCUAUGGUCAAGGUUAUCAAUAUAAAUCAACUAUUGAUAAAGGUUUAUCUGAACAUUUAUUAUUUAGAAUGAGACCUGAUUUAAUCUUUGCCGGUGAUGAUCAUGAUUAUUGUGAUAUGGUUCAUGAGAAUUUUGGUGGUACUCGAGAAAUUACAGUAAAAUCAAUAAGUAUGGCGAUGGGAAUUAAAUAUCCUGCUGUUCAAUUAUUAUCAUUUACGAAUCAAGAUACAAAUACAAACAGAAGAGACUUAAAGGAUGACUUUGAAGUCCAAGAAGAUGAGAUAGUUAAGCCAGCAACAUCAGAAUCAGCUCAGGAAGAAGGACAAGGGCAAGUACCAGUGGAGGAUCAAGAACAAGAUCAGAAAAUCACUUUUCAAUAUGAAACAAGAUUAUGUUAUUUACAAACUCCAUAUGUAAAUGUAGUAAGUUAUGUGAUAUUAGCGGUUAUAUCAGGAUUAUUGGUAUUAAUAUGGAAUAUUAAGCAUGCAGGUUCAUCAAGAUUCCAUUAUAGUUCAUUAUUACCAUUAAAUGAACCUACUGUUCAUUCGAAUUCCACCAAAAUUAGAAACUUUUUACGAGAACAAGAUGAAGAUGGUAAUGAAACUGGUAAUAGUACGAUUGAUAAUAAUAUCAAGGAAUCGGAUACAGGUUAUUCCGGUACUUCUUUCUCAUUACCUUCCACCACCAAUAAAUUACUUCAUAUACCGAAUUAUACAUUUACAAAAAGUUUAAAUUCAUCAUCAGAAUCAUUCUUUUCAAAUACCAAAUGGGGUCAAUGGAUCACUUCAAAAGUAACCAAUGUUAAUAAAAUCAUUAAAAAGUAUAACCUUGGUUCUUUCUUAAAACAAUCUAUAUUACUUGCCGUCGCAGUAAUUGCCAUAUACUACAUAUUAUUCUGUUUAACCUUAUAAAUACCUUUAACUUUUAAAAAAAAGCAACUUUUAAUAUACAUAUCAUUAUUUAUUUAUUGACAUAAUAUUUAUUUUUGAUGAGUGCGGCGUAAAUGACAUUUCCUCAUUGGGACAUCUGUUACAAUCUAGUUAGAUCUCGUAAAAAAUAAAAAUCUAAAUGUGUAAAAGUUACGUUUUAGAAAUCAUCAUCGUCAGUUUCUAAGUUGAUGGAUGGUUGU